AUGCUAGUAGAGGCGAGGUGGUGUAACAAGGGAUAUACACCAUCGGUCGAGGAGUGUUUGUCAAACAACUGGCUUUCAUCCUCUGGUUCCGUGUUUCUAGUUCAUGCGUUUUUCGCUACCAACCAACCAAUCACAACUGAUGUUCUACGAGCUCUAGAAGACGAUCAUAAUCUUUUGUACUGCUCGUCCAUGAUUUCUCGACUUUCCAAUGAUCUUGCAACUUCAUCGGCGGAGCUAGAGAGAGGCGAUGUAGCCUCAUCAGUACAUUGUUACAUGCGUGAAAUGGGCAGUUCUGAAGAGGAAGCACGUAAAUAUAUUAGAAGCCUUAUCAUGGAUACAUGGAAGAAAAUGAACGAGUCCAUCACCGAUACGACAUUUGAUCUUACUUUUACUAACGUUGCUUUAAAUCUUGCACGAGCAGCCAUGUUUUUCUAUCAAUACGGGGAUGGGAUUGGAAUUGAAGACGAUAUAGCUAAAGAUCAUGUUUUAUCUUUAAUUGUUAAACCAAUAUUGUAA